ACAAGUCGCGGGGAGAAACCGCCGAUAAGCUCCACCUCGGAACGAGAGGAGCUCGAGCGCUCACCAGUUUCCAGCCACGGUCAGUGUGCUUCCAGCAGGCGGCCAGUCAGCGGAUCGAUCUUCCACAACACACUGGUGUAGUGCAGCCCAGAUAUCGCCAUGGAGCCUCACUUUCUUUCUGCCGUUAUGGUGCUGCUCUUGGUGGGAACUAGCAGCACACACGCUCAAGAAAUCUUUGGGUAUUGCACAACGCCCGAUGAGCAGAGCGGCACUUGCAUCAACCUCAGGGAAUGUGGAUAUAUCUUCGAACUGGUCCAACGCGGAGUUGUUUCGCCCGAGGAUCGCCGAUUUCUGCAGCUGGGUCAGUGUGGCUACCGCAAUGGUCAGGUGCUGAUUUGCUGUGCAAACAGUCGCAGGCGUAGCCAGCAACCGCAACCGACGCAGCCUCCUUUAAGGUCCGGUUUGCUGCCCCAGCCGCCCAACUGCGGCGAGAACUUCAGUGACCGCGUGGUGGGCGGCAAGGAGACGGGCAAAGGGGAGUUCCCCUGGAUGGCGCUGAUUGAGUACACGAAGCCGGGCAACGUGAAGGGCCACCACUGCGGCGGGUCGCUGAUCAACAACCGCUACGUGCUGACGGCGGCUCACUGCGUAUCGGCCAUUCCCAGCGACUGGCAGCUGACGGGAGUGCGUCUGGGCGAGUGGGACGCGAGCACCAAUCCGGACUGCACCACCAGCAGAAACGGAAGGCGGGAGUGCAACGACCCCUACGUGGACUGCCCGGUGGUUGAACGGAUCCCACACCCGCAGUACCCGGGAAACACCCGCGACCAGUUGAACGACAUCGCGUUGCUGCGGCUGCAGAACGAGAUCCAGUUCACCGAAUUCAUCUCUCCAGUCUGCCUGCCCACCCUGGCGUCCCAUCGCGACGCGCUUUUCCUGGGCCGCAAGGUGGUGGUGUCCGGCUGGGGUCGCACCGAAACGAACUUCACGUCCAACAUCAAGCUGAAGGCCGACUUGGAUCCUGUGCCGACGAGUGACUGCAACCAGCGCUACGCCAGCCAACGUCGCACCGUCACCGCCAACCAGCUGUGCGCCGGCGGAGAGGAGGGCGUCGACUCGUGUCGCGGCGACUCCGGUGGCCCCCUUCUGCUGGAGGACUUCUCCGACGGCAACUCCAACUACUAUAUUGCCGGCGUGGUCUCCUACGGACCCACGCCCUGCGGCCUGAAGGGAUGGCCGGGCGUGUACACAAGGGUGGCGGCGUAUCUGGACUGGAUAGAGAACAACGUUAGGCCCUAGUCCUAGCUCACAGAUUUAAACUACGCAAUUAGAAGGGACAUGCCACAGCAAAUAUCGAUUUUUAAUACAAGGUAAAUUAUACAAUAAAUAAAGUUAGCUUGUGUAAAUUAAA